AAUUUUUUUUUGAAAUUUCCACCACUUAAUUUUUUUGGUAAAAUAUAAUGGCGAAUUGAGUGAGGGAGAGAAAUCACAGAAGAAAUGGCUAUGGCUACUUCUACUCAGCUAUCUUCUUCGUCUUUGUUUCACUCUCAAAUUACCAAAAAUCCACUCCUUCUUUCGGCGACGACGAUCAGAGGCUAUGGUUUCUCUAUACGGAGGCCUAUCUCUCCCUCGUUAUCGCGUCGUGCUUCAAUCUCAGCUUUGGCUGCGUCUUCCGCCGUCGGCGUCAAUGAACCGGUGACUUCAGGGAAACCAACCAGAACUCUUCCGUUUCGAGUCGGUCACGGUUUCGAUCUGCACCGGUUGGAGCCAGGGUACCCUCUGAUCAUCGGCGGCAUUGAUAUCCCUCACGAUAGAGGCUGCGAAGCUCACUCCGAUGGGGAUGUGUUGCUCCACUGUGUAGUGGAUGCAAUUUUGGGAGCUUUAGGGCUUCCUGAUAUCGGUCAGAUUUUCCCAGAUUCUGAUCCUAAAUGGAAAGGAGCUGCAUCAUCCGUCUUCAUCAAAGAAGCUGUGAGACUCAUGGACGAGGCAGGGUACGAGAUAGGAAACCUAGAUGCUACAUUGAUUCUACAGAGACCAAAGAUAAGUCCACACAAAGAGACGAUCCGAUCCAAUCUGUCCAAGCUUCUAGGUGCAGAUCCUUCUGUUGUGAACCUAAAAGCUAAAACCCACGAGAAAGUUGAUAGCCUUGGAGAAAACAGAAGCAUUGCAGCUCACACUGUUAUUCUCCUCAUGAAGAAGUGAGUCAAUUUUAUAUCAUAUUCCUUAUAUGUAUCAAUCUCCUAAAGAAACACUUUUUAUUGUAAAUUUUUAAUGUAAUCAUCCUUUAGACUUUAGAGGUUUAUUAUCCCUUCUUAGAACAGUAAAAUCGAAUCAUGUGAUGAUGAUACAUUGAAGUGGAAAAAUGAUUCUGGUUUCUUUGUCAGUUUUGAAUUAUGACUUUUUUAGCUGGAA